ACAAAAGAAAUUAGCUGUUAAGUAUAUUCAUACUAUUAACAAAAACAGCCAUCUCAAUAUAACAAAAGGUCUAAUGAAUAUAGUUUUUUGCUUAAAAAGACCAAAUUUGCCGUUUUUAUUAAGGUAGUCUAAGCAACUCGAAACAUGGGAACGGAAGAGGGAUCGAACGAUGUGGUAGACGACAUUUAUCGACGUAACCUAUACAGAAGCAUGGACGAGUUCAGAAAACAGGGGAUAUUGUGUGAUACGUGUCUUAUCGUCGAAGGAGUGAAAUUCUCAGCUCAUAAAAACAUCUUGGCGGCCAGYAGUCCKUAUUUUCUUGGUUUAUUUACAACUGAACUGAAAGAGAUCUCUGGUGAUAUUCAGACAGUUGAAUUGAAUGGAUUUGAARAAGAUAUGAUGGAGGAUUUACUUCAAUAUAUUUAUACUGGAAAGACGGCUUUUACGGAAGAUAACGUACRGAAGAUAGUGUUUGCGGCGGACUAUYUAUUGAUGAACGAUUUGAAAGCGAAAGGAAGUGAAUACAUGGAGAAAAACCUCACUGCUGAAAACUGUCUGUMUGUCCGUGCGUUCGCUGAGAAGUACAACUGUAAAGAGCUUUUGUUUAAAGCGGAAGACUUUAUAAUUGAUCGGUUUGUUGAUGUCUCAAAGUCCGAAGAGUUUCUCUUGCUUGAGGCUGAACAAGUACAACAGCUCAUUUCGUGUGAUGACCUCGAGAUURAGAACGAGGAGGAGGURUAYGAGAGYAUCGUGUCGUGGGUUAAACGCGAUAUCGAUUGUCGAAGGSAGUCUUUYCCGACUCUAUUCAAGUGCGUCCGACUUCCAUGCAUAAACAAAUACUACAUAGGUGAUACCAUAGAGAAAGAAGARCUAGUCAUGAGCAGUCUUGAAUGUCUCACGCUACUUUACCAWGCSAUGAAAAACUACGCGAUACCAAAAGUACUAACRGACACAACKUUGAUUACCAAGCCUCGUAAGUGCUCGACAAGUCACGUCAACGCUAUAGUUACAAUUUGGGGMCCUGGAGACGAGUUAAGGUCCUCGACCCAGUGCUUCAUACCGAGUGAGAAUCGAUGGUAUAGCCUCGCUCCUAUGCURAUUCCCAGGUUUAGUCACGGCGCGGUCCAUUGUGAGGGGUUUAUCUAUACWGUAGGGGGAGUAUCGUUAAACGGUCACUUGUCGAGUAUGGARAGGUAUGAUUACAGGACUAACACGUGGUCGGGCGUGUCWCCAAUGAACAAAGAGGUAUCAGCGCUUGGUGUUGCUGAAUUGAAUGGAGUGUUGUACACGGUUGGAGGCUGGAACAGAGGGAGACCACUGAACAACGUUUCAAGAUACAAUCCACUGUCCAAUCARUGGCAGGAAGUAUCUCCGCUGACCACUAGUCGUGGAGGCCCAUGUGUCAUCGCUUCUGACUAUCUUUACGCUAUUGGCGGGAAAACAGAGAGCGAAAACGAUCGCGAUCUCUGCAUUUACCUGAACACGGUAGAAAAGUACAAUCCACGGGACAACUCGUGGAGUCCCGUCCCGCAACUAAAGACGMGACGCGCGUACGCAGGUGGAGUGUCCGUAAAUGAAAAACUCUACGUAAUUGGUGGAACGCAAGACGACUUGCUAUCAUCACACAACAGCUGUGAAGUGUUUGACACUCAAAGCCAAAUAUGGAGUUACAUUGGAAAUCUUAUAGUACCACGUGCUCUUUGUGGUGUGGUUUUCCUGGACAAACAYAUCUACGUUCUUGGUGGUAAAAAGAAUUGUAGAGAGCGUACGAGUAAAAUWGARUGCUAUGACUUUGAUAUGAAUGUYUGGAAGGUGUUAGGUUCUGUACCGAACUGCAUUGGCGGUAUUCAGUGUUGCAGUGUUACGAUGAGUAAACAAUUUGUUAAAAUGCUACCAAAAAUUUCUUGAAACUAUCUGAACCGAUUACAUCGUUAUAUGAACAGAAUGUUUCCAUAUCUUAAUAAKUAUGGCUAAGAYAYACGUUAAGAUACCGUCGAACCGCGCCUAAGGAGCUGUGGAGAUUGUCAAGUCUCAAUAGUCCGYGAUUAGCUCUGCAYGGGUCUAAUGUAUGCGUUUAAAACAAUUACGUAAACGCAUAGGAAUACGUAAAGCUUACGUGAAUAUAAAACACAAAUAUUUCAAGAUUUUUUCUAAUAAAACCAUUAUUAAUCUGUGAU